AUGUUGGAACCUGUCUCCCUGGGAGCAGCCGGCUCCUCGCACCCUCGUCCUGUCCAGUGCAUUGACAGCUGCUCCCGCCGGGCCCCUGGCAGCAACUGCGCUUUGAAGCAGGGGGACAGCGGUGCCGCUCUGGGAAUGCGAGUAAACCAGGAAAGGCUGUGCCACUCCUCUAGGACCCUGUAUUUCUUCAGUUUUGAUGAGUCAGAGUCAGGACAGCUGCGCAAAGUCGGCGACUGUGUGCGGGAACUUGGGAGCGUCGACGGGCCAAUAGCAAACCACGCCGCUCGGGUGACGGUCCCUGCGGCAGCGCCGUCGCCCAUCGCCGGGCCGCGCAGGGCGCGCUCGCCUGGCCGCGCAGGGGCUCAGCCGUCACCUGGGCUGCGCUCGCGCCUGCAAGGGAUCCUGCCUCCAGAGAGCAGCGGGCAUCGCAUCGAAAAUGGAGGGAGAUCGUAUGUAAGACCACGAUUGCCUGCAGAGAGGGCCCAUAUUGAUGAUGUACAAGAAGAAAGUAACAUGGAGGCCUUGGCUGCUGACUUUUUUAACAGGACAGAACUUAAGUAUAAAGAAAAAGUGACCUUUACUGAAUCCACACAUGUUGAAGUUAAAGACUUCUCUACAGGAAAAUUGUUACAACGAAUUAAAGAGAUUCUUCCUCGAAAUGUUUCCGCAUUUGCAAAUACUGAUGGAGGAUAUUUGUUCAUCGGUUUAAAUGAUAAUAAAGAAGUAGUUGGCUUUACAGUAGAGGAGAGUAAUCUUCCUAAAUUAGAAAAAGAAAUAGAAGAGUCCAUUAGGAAGCUGCCUGUCUAUGACUUCAGUGGGAAGCAGAGGGAGAUAAAUUACUCAUGUAAAUUCCUUAGAGUCCGGGUAUCAAAAGAGAUAACAGACACUCCAGACACCUUCUUUGGAAGGCUGUUCUUACAACACGAAGGACUUAAACAAUUAAUACGUAAAGAAGUUCGGUCUGUCACGCAAGGUACGCUGAUCUUCUCCUGGAGCUGGUCAUCGGAUCUGGGCUUGCAGAAGAACCAGACAGUCAUCUGUGAUGCCCUUUUGAUUUCCCAGGGCGAUCCACCAGUCCUAUACACCUUUUUCAGGGCACUGGAUGAGGAGAUAGAAGACUAUUCUACACAAACUGCCCGAAUUUUAAAGCAGAAGCUAGUAAAAAAUGGUGGUUACACUGGAAAAUUUUUUAUCAGGAGAAAGAUCUUAUGUUUGAGUCCUAAUGGCAAGGAAAGCUGCCUGUAUGAUUCAGAAUCGCAAACAUCUUACCCUGAAUGUUACCGUGGCGUAACCGCUGAAACAAGGAUAGACUUGCUGAAGGCCCUUUUUAAAGGCUUUGGUAGUUUUCUUGUCUCUCAAAUAAUCGGUACAGAUUAUUUUCAGAGUAACAAAUAG